AUGCCAGACUUCCGUGGUCUCUUUACCUUUGCCAGGGUCAUUACCUGCAGCUGCUUCAGUAGUCGCAAACCCUCCAAAACCCAAACCUAUCAGGUGGACAACGUUCGAGCUCCCCCUGGAGAAGAAGAGAAAGAUUGGUCUACGGAGAAUCAUUACUAUGGUAUUUCCCAAUCCUCUCGUGGUGUGCUCCCUAAUCCUGACAAGUUUGAGAUCGUCGACGAACAUGAUGAAUCUACUGCAGCUGGACCUGCAGUGAAGAAGGACUAG